CGCUGAGGCGAGCGCGCGCUUCAGUGAGAGAGAGAGAGCAGGAAGUUCGGAAAGACACGAACCAAACAAACAUCGAUAAAUUAAAAUAAUAAUAAUUAUUAUUAUCCAGAAUAUGGAUAACUUCAGAGUGGAAUAGUUUGUGGGUCGCUAUUGAAGCUGGGAAACUCGUUUUUGGAAGAAUAACAAAUAAAUAAGUCAAUAAAUAAAUAUAAAACGGAAGUUUCUCACUCCUUCGCCGACUAGCCUUAGCUUAGCUUAGCUUGGCUUAGCUUAGCUUAGCUUGGCUUUGCUAACAAGGCAAAGCGAGAGAGAGAGAGAGGGAGGGAGGGAGGUGAAAAAGGACAGAACCGUUCACACAGUUCUGGCUCGUUCACAGAGACACAUUCCCGAACCGGAAAUAAACAUUAUAAAGCUAAACACUUAGCAAAAUCCUGACUAGAAUCUUAUCUCCUACAUCCGGGGCUUUUUCCAGUCAGGAAAGUUAGAGGCGCGCGCGCGCUCUGGCACGCACUGAACUGAAGGCCUGCAUGUUUCUCAGGAGAGAAACACAACACUUUUAUACUAAUAAUAUUAAUAAUAAUAACAGUAAUUUAUAACGCUGAAGAUGUCGGCCCAGGCGCAGAUGCGAGCCAUGCUGGACCAGCUGAUGGGCACAGGCCGAGACGGAGACACAAUGCGUCAGAGGAUCAAGUUCACAGAUGAGAGAGUGUGUAAAAGUCAUCUACUGGAAUCCUGCCCUCACGACAUCUUAUCAGGGACGCGUAUGGACCUGGGCGAGUGUUUAAAAGUCCACGACCUGGCUCUGAGGGCGGACUACGAGAUCGCCUCCAAACACCAGGAAUACUUCUUCGAGCUGGACGCUGCCGAACACUUGCAGUCGUUUAUCGCGGACUGUGACCGGAGGACUGAACUCGCCAAGAAACGACUGGCUGAGACUCAGGAAGAAAUCAGCGCAGAGGUCGCUGCCAAGGCAGAGCGUGUGCACGAACUCAACGAGGAAAUCGGGAAGCUGCUGGCGCGAGCAGAGCAGCUGGGUGGAGAGGGAAAUGUGGACGAGGCUCAGCAGGUGCUGGAGAAGGUGGAGAAAACGCGUGCCCUUAAAAGAGAGGCAGAGGACAUAUACCGGAACUCCAUGCCAGCCUCCAGUUUCCAGCAGCAGAAGCUGAGGGUGUGUGAGGUAUGCUCCGCUUACCUCGGCCUCCACGACAACGACCGCCGCCUUGCCGACCACUUUGGCGGGAAACUGCACCUGGGCUUCAUCGAGAUCCGGGAGAAGCUCGAGAAACUGAGAAAAGCGGUGGUGGAGAAGCAGGAGCGGAUGCGCAUGAAACGGCGGGAGGAGAGAGAGCGAGAGGAGGAGAGACAGCGGGAGUGGGAGAUGGAGAGAGAGCGGGAGCGUGAACGUGAGCGAGAGAGAGAAAGAGAGCGGGAGAGGGAACGCGAGAGGGAGAGAGAGCGCAGAAGGUCCAGAUCUCGGAGUGGGGACAGAUACAGGGAUGGUGGAAGCUCGUCGUCUCAUCGCUCACGGCGACAUCGCUCAUCUCACUCUCGAGACCGGGACCGGGAGAGGAAGCACAGACAUAAAGAUAGCCAUCGCUCUCGCUCCCACUCUCACAGGAGAAAGAAAAAGAGGUCGUCACACACCCGAGAGCGGGAGCGCUCUCUUUCACAGGAGCGGUGGAGGGACUACGGAGGAGAGGACAGGUGGAGGGAAGACAGCCGGAGGGAAGACAGCCGGAGGGACAUGGAGCGAGAACCGGGCGAGAGAGAGAGGUCGAUCUCGUCGCCGGAGAUGGGAAGACUGAGGGGCAGAGAGAGAUCCGUCUCUGUGGAGAGAGAGAACCGCUCCAGCUCCGAGGAGAGGGAGUCAGGAGAGAUAUAAACAGAUUGAGAGAGAGAGAGAAUGAUGUCGGUUGAUAUGCUUUCACAUGACUUCCUGCCCGUGUUCUUUAUUUCUGUGUGUUAGCUGAUCUGUCGGGGACUGGAUGGGCUUGGCAGAGAUGCACAGUGUCUAAUCACAAAACAGAAUUUUAGCACAAUUAGGUCUUAUUUACUACAACACACAGACAGACACGCUGUGUAUCUGAUCUUUUGACAACUAAACAUUAAAAGAAAGACGUCAUCCCCAACUGCAUAUCCUUUGUUUGGCCUGUACUUUAAUAGGAAUUCAGCCUUUUUUUUCCCCCCCCCUUUUAAUUUCAUUUAAACAGAAAACAGUUCAACAAAAUAUUUUCCACAUGCUUCCUUUGAAGGUCUUGUUCUCGAUGCUCUAUCCAAUGAAAAUUUGUCAGCAUGCCAUCACGGGUCUAAACUGCAGCCCUGUAGACCAACAGCAUGAAGCUGCACAGUUAGAUCAACAUGAUUUAUUUUCAAUAAUAAACAUUCACCUAAUUUUCAUGUCCGCUACCUCAACACUUUCUCCAGCUAAUUUGCUUUGCCACCUGACUAACUAACUUGCCAAAUCGUAGUUAACGGAUAAUUUCGGAACGGUAAGCUGAAAUCAUUACUCAUAAAAUAUAUUUAAUUUACGUAAUACGGCCAAUAAAUUUUACACAAGAAAAUGAAACCUGAUGAUCUUUGAUAAAGCUGACUCUGUCCAGCGUAGGGUUUGGUCAUCAGGGCUGCAGCUAGAUGUCAUUUAUCCAACAGGCCUGUUAUCCACUGGGAUUGUAAAGAGCUGGGUCUCUGCGUGAAGUUUUACCCAUCCGCCGAGUUAUAAAUCAGUGGCAGCAGAUUGAAGAAUAGAGGACUCUAGUGGAAAGUUGUGUGCGCUUGUUUGCUUUUGAGAUUCAGUAAAAAUGGGUGCUUAAGUCACAUUUGCGAAUGGAUUCUGCUGGAUUGUGUUAGACGUUUGGUGAUUCUCGCGCUCUAACAUGCCUGUUUCAACCAGAUUUAUUAGGUGGGCAAGUGGGAAGAUGCACAGGACCAGAGAUUGUUCACUCAAUUUAUUUUAUGCAUUCAGAUAUGGACCUGCAGUCUGCCAACCAAAGCAGGGCGGGCGGGGCAGGAAUUGACUUCAUUCAUGUUACAGAGUUAAUGUGAGGAAUAAAAUGCCUCCAAAUGUAUUUUCUUUCAAGAACAACAGAAGUCUUUUUUUUUUUUUUUGGUUUGUUAUUCUUACUGUUAUUAAACAAAUGAGAACUGAUGCUUAGGAUGUUUUUACAACUACAAUGAAGCUGGAGUUCUUUGUUAACAAGCUGCUUUAAGGUGGAACCCAAAGUAGGCACUGAUUUCUGCUGACAACGUGCCAUCUUGAAAGAAAAUCUGUAGUGUAUGCGCAACGAUCACGAACAAAGGUUUUGACGUUUCCUGUACCGACAACAGAACCAUGUUAACUGCCCUGAUGAGUGCCCUUAGCAUUCCAUUAUAAGUAAAACUCUGUAAUAUUUUCGGUACAUGAAACUCAAAAUCGUUCAUGGUACCUGCACGAUGCUAUUGAUGCAGUAGAUGAAGAUUAGGUUUAAAAAAAAAAAAAAAGAUUGGUGGCAUUUUCCUUUCAUUCAAAAUUUUUGUUCAUUUCUCAGAUGUGAGACAUUCCUUAACCAUGUGCCCUAAUUAAACUAUGAGUACAAAUAAAUAAAAAGUAAGGACUGGAUUUGGACACCAUGUCUUGGAGAGGUGAUGAAGUUGGUCCUUGUCAGUAGUACCUGUGUACUUCCACAAGAACCUUUUAAUGAAUUUACAAUUUAAAAAAAUGGAUUGCGUUUCCUUCUUGAGCAGGAGCGUGAAUCAGUUGUCGCCAUGCAGCCUUCAAAUAUUUGUAUUUUCCUUAUUAAACUACUAAAUUUCCUCACUGAAGGCUAAAUCUGAGUCCUUAAAGUGUGCUUGUUAACAAGUGCUUGCAGUUUCAUAGUAGGAGUAGUUUUGUUUUUUAAAGAUUAGUUUGAAAGCUGGGGGAAGGGGGAUUUUUUUUUGUGCGCGCGCAAUGGCAAAUUUUGAGUUUAUACCUUAAUGCUUACAUGAAACCUGAGCAGCAAUUAACUGUGAAUAUAAAACUUUGGCUACUUCCCAGCACUCAUCCUGGUGAACUCAGUAAUAAUGGUGAUGGUUUGUUAGUUCAGCUCAACAGCAUGCUGUUUUGAGAGGUAGCCCUGGUUUUCUUUGGAAACAAACAAUACCACUUUCUUCCAUGCUUACUUGUAUGUUCAGGUUGUAUAUCAGAAAGGCCAACUGUUUCUAGUAUGUUGUGUGCACAACUUUUUGUUUGUUUUGGGCAAAUUUUUGCAGUUUGCUGUUAAGUUUUCUGAAGAAACCUGACACAUCAAAUGCUAUACAAGUUAAAUAAAGGCGUUUGAAAAGUAA